ACUAAAAAAUAUCAUUUGUUAAUUGGGAAUACGAAUAUUAUACGACCUGAUGGUACAAUAUAGUGAUAACGGCUUGUGUUUAUUAAUCAUUUUACAGAAAUACACUAAUUAAUUACGGUUUGUUUAAGGAAUUUAUAUUGCUUAUUUCAUAUCGUCUUCGUCGCAGUAUUGAAAUUUGAAUGCAAUUGAAUUGGAAUUAAUCACUCAAAUAUUUAUGCAAUAAUUUUAAUUAAUAUUUAUGAAUUAUAUGAUUUUGCAUAAAAUUUAAUUUAAAAUUGAAUGUGGUUUUUAUUGGUUUAAUAAUAAAAUGUGUUGUAAUUAGGUUAAUGAAUUUAAAAUAAUAUUCGAGUUACAAAACAUUAAUAACAGAAGACUUAUAUUGAGUUCCAAAGGAUUACUUAAGAUGCAAGAUAUGGCUACAUCUCAUAUCCUAUCGGCUGUUGAUCCAGUGGUUCUUGGAAAUUCAACACCUACAUCAUCGAAUGGCAGUAGCCAUAGCGGCCCAACACGUAGUCCCGGAUUGGACAGAAAUCUUCAUGUAACAUUGGACGAUCGGGAACUAUGGCUUCGGUUUCAAAAUUUAACAAAUGAAAUGAUCGUUACUAAAAACGGAAGGCGAAUGUUCCCUGUUGUAAAAGUUACAACCACAGGCCUAGAUCCAGCUGCAAUGUAUACGAUACUUCUUGAAUUUGUUCAAGUUGAUAGUCAUCGAUGGAAAUAUGUUAAUGGAGAAUGGGUUCCCGGAGGUAAAGCAGAAGUUCCACCAUCAAAUCCAAUUUAUGUUCAUCCAGAGUCUCCAAAUUUUGGUGCCCAUUGGAUGAAAGAACCAAUUUCAUUUGCCAAAGUUAAAUUAACAAAUAAAACAAACGGAAAUGGGCAGAUCAUGUUAAAUUCUCUGCACAAAUAUGAGCCACGUGUACAUUUGGUUCGAGUGGGCUCGGAUCAGAGACAUGUUGUUACAUAUCCAUUUCCAGAAACACAAUUUAUAGCUGUUACAGCUUAUCAAAAUGAGGAAGUAACUUCAUUGAAAAUUAAAUAUAAUCCUUUUGCUAAGGCCUUUUUAGAUGCUAAGGAGCGUCCUGAUUCGAUAUACAGUCAUGAUGCCCAUUACGGAUGGUUCAUUCCACCGCCAACACAUUAUCCCCCGACGCAUUCACAAAUGUCGGUUAACUCUUGUGAUCGGUACACGCGGCAUCCCCAAAGAGCUGCCAGACCUGCUCCCUAUGCACGACCCCGAAUUGUAUCGGGUGCGCCUAGCAAUCCCAGCACUCCCCCACCAACAACACCAAUCUCCACUCACUCGCAAUCUGGAUUUGUUCCUGUUGAAUCAUCAACAACAACUGUCUUCUCAUAUCCAACGAGUUGGCAAAGUAAUGGCAGCUACUGGAGUACACCUCCAAAUCCAAGCUCUCCCAUAACCUCGAAUGCAUCACCAACUCCAUCAAAUGGAUCACCUAGUUACGCAAGUCCAUCUCCAGGCUACACAAUACACCACUUGACAUCACAUCCUCAAUAUAGCUCAGCUGGCAAUCAAACUGAUAUCUAUCAAAACGGCACGGGCUCGUCUCCCCAACCCUAUGGCACUGGGGCCCAUCAAAUUUACCACCCUACUCCAGCCUCACCAUCUCAUCAGCUUUAUACAAAUGUCUUGAAUCCACCUGCUAGUCUCACUUACCCCAGCAGUUCAUUCUACAAUGGAACCGAAUAUGGACUCUAUCAGAACGCCUAUUCAUAUCAACCGGAGUACAUUCCAUUGGUUUCAGAAAUGUGCACUUAUAACCACCCACUCGAACCAAUUGAUGUUCCUAAACCGAUCGAAGAAAAUAAUACAUCAUCUCUUUACAAAGAAUCUGAAGAAAGUUCUGUUUUGACAUUGGAAUGUUCGAGUCUCAAGAAUUCAUCAUCGAAGCUUGAUUCCUCUUCUCCACAUAAUAAUAAUAAUAACAACAAUAAUAAUAACAAUCAAAGAACUGAAAAUUGGACUCCAUUGACACCACCACAAAGUACGAUUCAAUAAAUGGACAAUAAACAAAAAAAUAUUAAAUACAAAAUAAAUUUAUAUUUAAAUAUUAGAGACUUUUAGCAUUGGUCACCUUGUAUAUAAAUUAACUGCAAGACAACAAAAACUAUAAGAUUAUUAUUU